AUGAGUUGCCAACCAUUUACUUCAGCUGAUACCUUUAUACCUCUGAAUUCUGAGUCUUCUGCGACUUUGCCUCUGAUAAUGCACCACAGCGCUGCUGAGUGCCUACCAGUCUCCAACCAUGCCACCAAUGUGAUGUCUACAGUCCCGUCUAUUUUGUCUUUGAUCCAAACUCCUAAAUAUUUGCACACAUAUUUCUCGGUGACAACGUUUGGAAACUCAGCAACGGGACUUCAUUAUUCUGUUCCUUCCUGUCAUUAUGGAAACCAGCCAUCAACCUAUGGAGUGAUGGCAGGCAGUCUAACUCCAUGUCUCUAUAAAUUUCCUGACCACACCUUGAGCCAUGGCUUCCCUCCCAUGCAUCAGCCUCUCCUGGCAGAGGAUCCCACAGCUGCUGAUUUUAAGCAGGAACUCAAGCGGAAAAGCAAAUUGGUUGAAGAGCCAAUAGACAUGGAUUCUCCUGAAAUCCGAGAACUUGAACAAUUUGCCAAUGACUUUAAAGUGAGAAGAAUCAAGCUAGGAUAUACUCAAACAAAUGUUGGAGAAGCCUUAGCAGCCGUGCAUGGCUCUGAAUUCAGUCAAACAACUAUCUGCAGAUUUGAAAAUCUACAGCUGAGCUUUAAAAAUGCAUGCAAACUAAAAGCAAUAUUAUCCAAAUGGCUGGAGGAAGCUGAACAAGUUGGAGCUUUGUACAAUGAAAAAGUGGGAACAAAUGAAAGAAAAAGGAAACGGAGAACAACUAUAAGUAUUGCAGCUAAAGAUGCCUUGGAGAGACACUUUGGAGAGCAGAAUAAACCUUCCUCUCAAGAGAUCAUGAGAAUGGCUGAAGAACUGAAUCUUGAGAAAGAAGUGGUAAGAGUUUGGUUUUGCAACCGUCGACAAAGAGAAAAACGUGUGAAAACAAGUCUGAAUCAGAGUUUAUUCACUAUGUCAAAGGAGCAUCUUGAAUGCAGAUAA